AUACGUACAUUUCAAAUUCCGUGAAGCCACAGUCAGUUUUCUGUAGAUGUGCGGAGCGGAUCUCGUGUAGAAAUUUCAUUUACUUAAAAUUUAAGUAUUGCUUAAAAACCUCUUUUUGAGGAUUAAUCCUUGUAACGAAACCAUGUCGCUGUCCUCUUCCGAAUCGUCUGGCUACACGAAUGCUGCUUUUGAAUUCCCCAUCGGCCAAGAAGAGAAUAAAAGCGCACCACAAAGUAAGCGGAACUCUAAUUCUUCCAGCAGCAGCAAUUCACAUUCCAGCGGAGACGGUAACCCGAAUGCUAAUCGCGUCGCAAGUGAUCAGGAGCCAGAGAGGGAGAGCUGGAGUAAUCCUGCAGAGUUUCUCCUUUCCUGCGUAUCCAUGUCGGUCGGUUUGGGAAACAUUUGGCGAUUCCCUUACGUCGCUUAUGCAAAUGGAGGCGGUGCAUUUCUUAUACCCUAUCUAAUUGUGCUGUUCUUCAUCGGACGUCCACUCUACUUUCUCGAAAUGAUUUUGGGCCAAUUUUCUAGCGCCGGAUCAGUCAAAGUUUGGGAAGUCGUGCCUAUUGCUAGAGGUAUUGGAUACACGCAAGCUUUGGCCACUUGGUGCGUAAUCACUUAUUACUGUGUCCUGAUGGCCAUGGCCUUCUUCUACCUCUUCUCUUCAUUCCAAGCCGUCCUUCCUUGGACGGUUUGCAAGCCGGAGUGGACUACGAAUGAAACUGAUUGCUACAGCAGCAGUGGAAACCUUUCGGAAUAUAACAUCACGAAUACAUCAAAGUCGAGUGCCGAGUUAUUCUUCUAUAAAGACGUGAUAAAAUUGGCUGACAAUUUCGAUGAUGGAUUAGGAGCGCCUGAAUGGCGAUUGAGUCUCUGUCUCCUACUUUGUUGGAUUCUGAUUUUCGCUAUUCUCGCUAAAGGAGUGUCUUCAUCAGGAAAGGUGGCUUAUUUCACAGCCCUUUUCCCUUACGUCGUGCUUAUUACGCUCCUAAUUCGCGGUGUCACACUACCUGGAGCUAGUGAUGGGAUAUCUUACUUUGUAACGCCUCAAUGGGAAAAGAUCAAAACACCUGACGUCUGGUAUGCAGCUGUAACGCAAUGUUUCUUCUCUUUGUCGGUGGGUUUUGGUCCUAUUAUUAACUUUUCGAGUUACAAUCCCUUUCGUCAUCCAAUUUACAGAGACUCCACGAUAGUCAGUUUGGCUGACACAGGAACCAGUAUUUUGGCUGGUAUUACCAUCUUCUCGAUUUUGGGUAAUUUGGCAUAUGAGUCAGGUAAACCUAUUCAAGACGUUGUUAAAGGAGGCACUGGAUUGGCGUUCAUUUCCUAUCCAGAAGCUAUUUCGAAAUUCGACGCCGUUCCUCAGUUGUUUGCAGUUCUUUUUUUCUUGAUGUUGAUCACCCUUGCGAUCGGAAGCGCUGCCGGAUUGACUAGUUGCGUCACCACCAUUCUUUGCGACGAUUUCCCGACUGUUAAACGCUGGAUUAUUACUGCGAUUGUUUGCGUCGCAAGUUUCUUUAUCGGUCUGAUCUACGUAACACCUGCAGGCUCUUAUAUCCUGGAUUUAGUGGAUUACUUCGGAGGGGGUUUCAUCAUUUAUGUGAUCGUCAUCGUCCAAGCUAUUGCUAUUUCUUGGGUUUACGGACUGCACAAAAUCCUCAGAGAUGUGCGUUUCAUGCUGAAUAUGGGACUGGGCAUUUAUUGGAAGUACACCUGGUGCAUUUUCAUCCCAAUUGCUCUUCUGGUCAUUUUCAUUUACGCUAUGAUAGUUUAUAUGCCCAUGAAAACGGCUGAUGGGCAAGACUAUCCUGUCGGAGUUUCAGCUGCUGGAUGGGUUAUCGCUGCCAUCGCCAUAGCACAAAUUCCUGGAUGGGGAGCUUAUGUGGUCUACAAACAGAAACCUACGGAUCCCCGAUUCCUUGGUUUAGAAAAUCCAGCUGGUUCUUCCUGCCACCCUAGAUCUUGGAUUUGGAUAGAGAAAUUCUUUAAAAGUCUACGGUCAUCGGAAAAGUGGGGCCCUAAAGAUCCGGAACUCAAGCGCAGUUGGAUUGAAUACUGCAUGAUUCCGAAGCCUGUUAAUUGGAGACUAUUUAUGCCACACCCGAAAAUACCUCAAUGGAUUAAAAAACGCUAAAUAGGGGAGAACGGGGUCAACUUGGACACGGGUCAUAUUGGACAAAAACCCAAAGUGCUACAUGUUAUGGAAAUUUUUUUUUAUUUUUGUAUAGACUACAAUGUUUAACGUUCUAGAAAAUAUUGAUUAAAAUGGAAUCAUUAUUGUUCUUGUUAUCGCAGAAUUAAAAAAUGGCCCUGUUUGAUGUAAUAUUCUUCCCUAUUACUGUAAGCAUUUUUUAAGUGAAAAACACUACAAAUGAAUAAAAUAAUGAUACGUGAAA